GUUGACGUAACCAAUCAGGAAGUUCGGGCUUUCCCCCUGUUCGUUUACUGAAAACAAAAAACAUAAGCGAAUGCUCCGGAUUUAGCCUGAUAUAUAAAACAAAAACUCGAAAGUAAACUUUUUUGUGGUAAGACCUUAAUGCGGAACUUAGUUUAGUGUUUGUUUUUUAGUGGAACAUCUGGAAUUAUUUUUGUUUUUUGGGGGGGUCUUACUUUUUGAAAUCCUCGCGAGGAUGGACGUUCCUCAACUCACUGAAGAUGAGAUGGCGGAAAUUAAAAAAGACGUCCUGACCCGCAUGCGGCAUUACCUCUGUGAGAAGAUCCGGGCCCGGUGCCAUCUAGACUACCUGCGCUCCCGCCGUAUCUUGACCAGGGAUGACGCUGAGGAGAUCAACAGCAAGACCACACAGACCAGAAGAACAGGGUGGCUACUGGACAUUCUCACCGAGAACCCCCGUGGCCUCGACGUCCUGGUUGACUCGAUACGGGAGCUGCGCUCGCAAAACUUCCUCAUCCACAAGAUCACAGACGAGGUGCAGAAGGCCAAGAAUGAGAAGCUGGAGUCUCUCAGAGCCGCAGCUUCCAGUUCCUCACCCAACAGCAGCCUCACCCCUCCAUGUUCCUCCCAGGAGGUCUCCAGUACAUUCUCAAGUGACUCCACCUUGCUCUGCUACCCGGACGGAUCACAAAGCCCCUCCACUCUUGAAGUCGGCGCCUGCCCCAGUGCGCCGUCGCUACCGAAUGAUGGCGGACUAAAGUCUGUGGUCUCCUCCUCCACCUUAACCUCCCCUAGCCUCCCCAGGCCAGGAGAACCGGGAGCUCCCGCAGUACCCGUGGAGGAGGACGAGGAGCAGUUACCGGAGUCCACCUGCAGCGGAGCAGACCCUAACUUCCAACCCCUUCGCUCACGUUGUCUUACUCCCGCGUCAUAUCAGAGCACCUUUUACUAAAAUAGGGUUAGUAUGUUUCCAUUAAAAGAAAAAUCCGGUACACUCAUCAACCACUAAGGAGAUGUCCUGCUGCUUUUUAAUAAAGUAUAAAAUAGGGCUGAACAAUAAUGAAAAAUAUUCCAAUUGUUAUUUGUUUUUUGUUUUUUCCUCUUGAUUUUUACGAUUGCGACUUAAUCUGCAAUGUUUUUGGACAACAACUGUGGCGCAACUGUCAAUCAAUCAGUCAGUCAGUCAUAAAUCAGAUCACAUCAAUUGUGCUGACAAAUGUUUGGCUUUAUCACCUGACUAUUUAACAUUUAAUGAAAUAUUUGAUAUGUAAACAUGUGGACUGCACUUAAUUUAUCAGACAAUAAAAUUAAAUACAAAUAAAAUAAAACAUACUUAGCUGUAAAAUCGUGUGAACAGCCCAAAAUAAGGAUCCCAAAUUGCAGGAAGGUACGAUGCAUAAAUGCAUGUUAUUGACAGGAUUUAACAGUGCAUAAUAUAAAAGUCAACCGACCGAAAUGUUUUUCUUUUUUUCUUCCCAAAUUGCAGUCUCCACAUAAAAAUAAAAGAUUGCUUUCCACUGCAUUCUAAUGACACUUUAAAUGUAAUUGUUCAGCCCUAGCAUUAACUACUAGUCACUACACUGUAUAGUACACCGAAACAUGCACAAAUAACAGAGUCAUCUCUGAAAAAUUAAGUGAGAAAAAAAAACUACGCUGAGAUUUAUAAUUACGGUACUUUUAAAUUAGUAUUGUCUUUAUCCGAUCCUAAAAUAACCAAUAUGGUGUGUUUUCUGCACUCGCUUGCUUAUUUAUUUUUUUUUAUACACAAAGACAUAUUGGAGUAAGACUUAAUACAAGAGCUGUAUCUCCAAAAUUUACAGAGAUAAUAAUACUCAUUCAUCCAUCCAUUCAUUUCCAAUAGCUCUUGUCCUCAUGAUGGUCCUGGGUGAGCCAGUGCCUGUCCCACAGGACUUAUCACACAGAGACUACCCAAGGAAAUACAUGCCGUUUCUAAAUGACAAUUUCAUUUAUUUGUCACGUUGCGUGGUGGUGGACCCCAAAAAGCAGGCAGGAGCAGGGUGUACUUAGAAGAAAAGAAUUGUAUUUAAAACAAAGAAAACUAAAUUCAAAACAAAGUAACAAACAAAACCCGUGACUUAAACAAAAACUAUCAAUAACCAAAACACUACUAAAACAAACAUGACAGCAGCAAAGGAACAGCAAACAAACAAACAUGACAGUAGCAAAGAGCAAACAAUGACCGGCACUGAGUGUUCGGGCUGGGAGUCCUUUUAAAGCCCUGAUUACCGGUACCUAUGACCAACAGGUGUGCAGCUGCCAGGGGAGCCCUACAGUGCCACCUAAACUAAAUCAUGACAUUUUUAAGGCACACAAUAAAAUCCUAAACUACCUGUCACUAUGUGAAAAAGUAACCCCCACCCCCUCCCCUCCUUGUUAAAUCUCAAAGUAACUGUGACUAAGUUCAAUUUAACAGACAACACGCUAGCACCACAUUUGUUGACACAAAUAAACCACCACACAAAUAAAAUUCAAAGAAUUUUUUAAAAAAGUUAUUGAAAUCUGUCAGUGUGGAAGAGGUUAUAAAGCCUUUUCCAAGACUCUGGGGCUUUGGCAAUCCACUGUCAGAAACAUUACCCACAAAUUGAUAAAACAGGGAAUGAAUAUGGGAGGAAGCUAGAGUACUUGGAGGAAACCCACAUGAGCACAGGGAAAACAUGGGCCAAGAUCUGAACCCCAAACUUCAGAACUGUGAGGCAAAUGUACUGACCGCUUGGUCACUUUUUCUGCCAUAAGUCAAAGACUCGAUUAUAAAUACUGAUAUGAAACUCAUCCAUCUUAAAUGUAUCCAAAUGAGUCUGCUUGUUCUUCUUUUAUCUUGUGAUAAUGACUAUCAUUUCUGAACAUGUUUUGGGAUAGGAAGCAUUAUUUCAUCUAUCUACCCGAGCGGGCGAGAGCUGGCGUACACCUUGGACUGAUUGCCAGCCAAUCAUAGGACAUAUAUAUGACCAUUCACCCUCACGUUCACACCCAUGGACAAUUUGUCAGGCAAGAAUGUGGGGAAAACAUAGUGCCUGGGUAAAAAAAAAAAGAAAGCAAAGGAGAGAUUCAUUAAAUGUAGCCAAAUCAGGUUGAGGUCUUUCUAAUAUGUCUGCUCAGAAAUGUUAUGCAAUAAAAUACAAGACAAACUGAA